AUGCCCUGUACCAUCGGAGUUGUUGGGACUGAUGCAGUGGGGAAGAAAAGCUUUGUGCUUGCACUAGGUGCUAAGCCAACUGUCGGUAUGACAAACACGUUGCACCGACGCGUGGAUUCGACGUUCCUUUGGUCGCGACCUGGUGGAAAUGGGCACAAAAAGACGGUCGUGCAGAUCUUGCACAGUCGAGAAAAAGCCCUGGAUCAUGACGACGACCGAGUCUUUGUACUGCUCUUCGACCUGACGCGUCGAGAUUCGCUCGCAGCGGUCGUUGCACAUUGGGCUCACUUGUCGGACGUCCCGGGACGACGGUUGCUACUAGUGGGUACACACGCUGACUUGACAAGUAAGCGGCAAGUGUCGCUAGCAGAGAUACGCGAGUUUUCGGGCGAGUUUUCCGCCUAUGAAGAGGUGUGUUGUCGCUCGGGACAUACCAGUGACGAAGGUAUGCUUCGUGUGCAGCUUACAUUGACCCAAUGGACGAGUGGUGGACCUCGUGCGGUGGCAAACGACAUUCCGUUUGCACGAGCUUCCAUCUGCGGUGGAUUCCCCAGACCCGUCGUGACGAUGAUCAUGCCUGCUGGUACAUCAUACAGCUUACCAGCAUCGCCUGCAGGUCAACAGUGUCGUCGAAUGCAAGCAGACAUAUGGAUAGGUGAUCCGACUGAAAAAGUUGCUUCGAGCCCCGUGGCAACGGGUGUAGGUGGCGAUGUGAAGCUGCGCACGAUAUCUAAAGCGAUUUAUGACAUUCGUGGUGCAGUUGCUGAAAAGAGUAAGGCGCUUGCUAAGUAUCGUGACCGACAAGUGAGCCACUGGCUGACGCGCAGCCGGUACUUUGGUCCGACCGAGAGCAGUCGUCACAAGCGAUGGCAGGAAGAACAGAAGAAACGCCAGCAAUUGACACAAAGUCAAUCGCAUCACCACCAUCACCACGCCGGUCACUGGCGGCGUGAGUUAAUCACCCCCGAUGCUUUGCAGGAUCGACGCGGACGAAGCGUAAGCCAACCUGAUACAUUCGGACCACCGAGUCGAAAAGUCUCCGCGCGAUGCGGAUCAACAAACUCUUCCAGUUCCGGCGAGAACGAGGAAAGCCCAGGAACUUUUUUGGAACACAAGUCCUUCUUGCAGCCUACAGACCGAAUCAAGCACCAGCGUCAACGACAAAUUGAGGAAGCUACUUUACAGGUGCAGAAGAAGCGUGUUGCUGCUAAACGUGCAUUACGAAAACAAAGACGUGCAGCUUCCAACGACAUGUAUGAGCGAAGUUCAUCUCCAGCGGUGUUUGAGUCAUAUUUGAAUUGUUACGAUGAGAUGGACAUGCCUCCGCAGCUGCAGCCUUCUCCACCCUCACUAGACCGACAAAAGCCGCAUUCGCGACCGUCAUCAGUGUCUUCAGUGGCAUCCUCGACGAGCUUGAAAAGCUUUGCGAGCAGAGAACAUAAUGCUUUUGAGACGGAUUGUGUUACCUUGGCCGGGGUUCAGCACUCACUUGACUCGUUGUCUCCUGGAGCCGAACCAGCGAGUCGGUCGUCAACGUCGCUACCAGCAACGCAUGUCCAGUCUCCUGUUUCAUCAAUCAUGAGUCCACCAACUCCAUCGUCUGAACCUUCUUCGGUCCUACGACACCACAGCGCCAACAAUGUCCUUCCUACCACCCCAGAAUCUAAUUUUCUCUCGGACACAGCGCUGAAGGUGACUACAUUAGACAAGCCACUCGUCAAGUCCAAGUCUUUAGUGCCAUCUCGUGCUAUUGCUAUGACAAAGCAGACAGUGCCAGCUAUCGCUCCUCCUGAAAAAAACUCAGCCGUCAGCCGAUCCAAUACCAUGUGCAGUAGCGGCUCGGAGAAUUUCGACUGCAACGACAUUGACGACAUGCUCGAAUACUUUGAAGGCAUGACCCUGCCUAUCUAA